AUGAAGGUCAUCAUCGUCGGCGCGGGCAUCGGCGGGCUCUCGGCGGCGUUGGCCCUCGCGCUCCAAGGGCACACCGUGACGGUGCUGGAAUCGGCGCCGCAGCUGGCAGAGAUCGGGGCGGGCGUGCAGCUGACGCCGCAGGCGACCAAGCUCUUCUUCCAAUGGGGGCUGAAGGACGACAUUGUCGCCACGGCCGCGUUCCCGGGGACGUUCUUCAUUCACCACCAUCAUGGCGGGCGGGAAGACGGGAGGCCGUUGGGCAGCGUGGACCUGAGGGAUGUGUGGAAGGAGUACGGCGGCCCUUACGUGGUCGUGCACCGCGGCGAGCUGCACAAGAUCCUGCACCGGCACGUCGUCAAGGCCGGGACUACGGUCAAGGUCGACGCCAGGGUGGUCGAGUAUGAUUUCGAGGGCGGCGUCGUGGUGUUGGAGGAGGGACAGAAGAUGGAGGCCGACUUGGUCGUUGCCUGUGAUGGCAUCAAUUCCUUUGCGAGAAAGCAGUUCCUCGGGGAGCAAGACCGCGGCGCACAGAGGACCGGCUGGGCUGCGUAUCGCACCAUGGUCGACGUCUCGAAGAUCCGAGCCAACCCUGCGACGGCAAAUCUGGUCAUGAGGGCAAACAACCACUUAUGGAUCGGCAAAGGCUGCUCGGCCAUGAUCUACCAAAUCCUCGAGUCCACCAAGCUGAACAUGGUCCUCUCGCAUCGUGACGACGUCGACACGGCGACCUGGACGCCAGCGCAGUAUCGCAGCACCAUCGACGCCCUCUUCCAUGGAUGGGAUGCCCAACUGACCAGUGUGAUCGACAUGGUGCGUCCGGACGAGCCGAUCAACAACUGGCCCGUACACCAGGUCGAGCCACUCCCCCGGUGGGUGUCCAAGUCCGGAAGAUUCGUUCUCAUGGGAGACGCGACGCAUGCAAUGGCGUUCUAUCUGUCGAUGGGCAUCUCCAUGGCCGUGGAAGACGCCGCCGCGCUAGCAGAGUGUCUUUCGCUGCUGAAUUCGGCGACAGCCGAGUAUGAUGACACGAACGGUGACUGUGCAGACAGAUCAAGACCAAAGCCCUCUCUUUCCUCCGCUCUCGGCCUCUUCGAAUCGGUGCGCAAACCUCGCGCCGAAGCCGUGCAGGCCGCGAGUCUUCACGCCGGGGAAGUCUUGCACUUGCCUCCAGGUGCGGCACAGGAGAAGAGGGACGCCUUGUUACAGGUCGACGGAAAGACGGAAAGUAAAGAAGACAGGCAGUACGCGUAUGGGAUCGCAGACCGCGAGACGAGGGACUGGUGUUGGGGGUACGAUGCCGCCUUGGAAACGCGGAGAGCGUGGGACGAUCGGUUCAGGUAG